UGACAAAUAGAACAUUAAUACAGCUUUGAAUUUACGACAUUCAAACUCGUCAUAUAAUGUAAUGUAACAUAUUAAUUUUGUUUGAUUAUUCGAUAUCAAUAAUGAUAUUGUGUAAAAUGAAUGUCAUUGGUUAUUGAAGGCAGUGGUUUGAUUCUCUUUUUUUAAAAUCAGACGAUUUUCUUCGCGGAUGAUGCAAAGGUCAAUGACACUCACAAAAUGGAACAAGAGUUUAAAAAAUGGGACACCUAAAACAGUCUGGUCGAAACAAGAAAAUACCGGUAAUUCGAUGAGAAAGAGGAAGACACCAAAAGUUAUAAGUCCGGGAAGUACAUACAGCGCAAAUGGCAGCUGACACUUUUGUCCAAACGACUCCAAUAUGGGUACAGGUUCCUGAAAACAUCGCAACCCUAUCUGUCACGAUGUCGGAAGUAUUGAAUGACAUUGGAGUCGGUAAACACACUGUUAAGAGAAGGAGAAGUACUUUUUUAUGGAGAGAGAAAUUAUUUGCAAUAGAAGAGCGCUUUCUUGGUUACAACACGUUAUGUUUUCAUUUUGGGAGCCAGUCAGAAGGCACCACUACUCCGGGUCUUCAGUCCGAUAUUGAUUUACUAAUUAGUUUCAUUGAUGUGAAUAUCAUGACAGACUGGGUAGACUGGAAGGCUGGGAUGAGCAAUUUUCUAAUGACCAAACACGUGAUCAAUCCACCACAACAUUACCUGUAAAAGUAAUAAGGUCAGACACGCCGGAACCGGAGAAUCAUCGUUUUAAUGGCAUUUAUUUUAGAAAUGGUCCUGAUCAGCAACUAUUAAGCUCUGAGUUAUUUAAACAUGAAGUUGAACGGGUACACAAGCAUAUGGGAGACAUACAUAGACAGGGACCUUCAGUCAGCUUUGUACCUGAUAUAGAUAUGGUACUUGCCUAUCAUGUCCGAAAACCACCCGCCGAGAUACACCACUGGUUAAACAGAGUAAGGGGUGGACACUGGCCUUCUCCUCAGUUACUGGAGGCCGCACUAUUAGCUCCUUGUUUCCUGGUACCCGACGGACAUCCGGACAGUGAGUACAAGGAUGUAGAAUGGCGACUAUCACCGAACCUUAUUGAACGAAUGUUGAUGUUUAGUUUUAACAUGACCCAGAUAAAAUGUUAUGUUGUUCUUAAAUUAAUUAAAAAAUCAUUAUUUGAAGUUAUUGAGAAAAAUGCUAUCACAAGUUUUCAUUGUAAAACAAUUAUGUUUUACACAAUAGAAAGAACACAUCAUUCUAUGUGGAAUGAGCAUAACCUUGUGUUUCUGGUUUUGCUCUGUUUACAGAAACUGAGAAAAUGCUUGCAUGUUGGAAUUUUACCACAUUAUAUCAUACCAGGUGUCAAUUUAUUCGACGGUAAGCUUUCUACGAGGCAGCAGUUAAGACUUUUCAAAUAUGUCGACGCUAUGAUUGAAAAUAAUCUGCAAGAUCUAUUACAUAUUGAAAUUGAUAAAUUUGGUCAGCGAUUAUGUGCGAGAAGUGUGAACGGAAUUGGACUAGUUGAAAAACUUAGUCGAUUAUCCUUAAAUAAGAGUAUUAGCUUACAAUUAGAAUUUAAACGCCGUGUAAUACUACAAAAUUCACUAAACGAACCAGAUAUAAAAGCUUCACUGCUCGCUAUUCAUAGUUUUUCCAAGAAUCGCGAGUUCAAACCAACCGUAUGCGAAGCAGCAAAACUUGUAUAUGCAGUACGAACAUCACUAAGAGCAUCUACAUAUUUAAGAUCAGGCAUGACAUGCCCAAAUUUCAUAUUAAAAUAUUUCCAAUAUUGUUUGAGUACAGAUGUAGCCUCUAGCCAUCUUAAGAUUGCCUCUGUAUUGUACUGUAGUGGACAUCUACGUUCAGCAGCUCUAGUGUUGGAAGACGUAGAAAUGAGAUAUCACAGCAAUGUCAAGGCUGUGUGUGGACGCAGAAAAACGCGAGAUGAUCUCCAGGUGUUUGCUAACAUGAUAUCUGGUAAUUGUGAACAUGUAUUCAGUGAAUCGCCAUUCGCGUCCUGUGUUAACUUUAUUAGGCAAGAAGCCUACUGCGCUCCACGAAUAUUGUGGUUUGAAAUGUUUCGCGGGAUAUCUGAAGAGGACAUUUCACGGAGAAACUUUAUGGAGAAACGGUGGAUGGACAACGCUGAGGUGGACGCUCGUUCGUUCCUCUACUAUCUACAGUAUCUCACUUAUGGAGAACUAGGUGAACACUACAAACAGUUAUGCACGUUGCUGACAUUUGUGUUAUAUGUGUUCGAUACCCCAAACAUCAACCUUUAUCACCCCGAGACAGCACUGAACUUGAUUGGACACUGCUACGAAAUGGAAGGCAACUAUGACCUGGCCUCAUCCUGUUACGCGCUUUCUUUAAUAAAUCAAACUCACAACAAUGCAGCAUAUUGGCACGUGAGCCGUUUGAUGCGUCUUAUUAACGGCUGAAACUUUUAUACGAAACAUUAUGUUUAUGUGCUCAGUAACUGCAAAUCGAACGACAAUAUUAAGCAAGUGUCUUUAAGUAUGGGACGUUCAAACAGACUGCAGUUGAUACACGUAUAUUAAUGACUUUUCUUGUUGACUAUUACAGUUAACACAAUUGUUUAAAUUAGACGGUUAAAAUAAAUAUAUAUGGCUAGCUAGAACAGGCAUUCUAGAUCUUAAUAUGUGUUUCGACAAAACUUAUUAUUUUAUUUUAUAGUCAGAAUAUAAUAUGCAUUAAUAUUAAGAAAUAAGUAUUUAAUUCGGCCUAUGAAACAUCGCUUACAAAGGGGCUUAAGUCUAUUAUAACGUUCUUUUCGCAAUAAGCUAACGAGUUUUUUCACUCGUUUUUUUACAAGAACAUUCCAUGAAAUAGUAUUUUUUUUAGUUUUUUAGUAAAUAUACAAAUACAAAUGAUACACUAUAAUUUAUGGAGCUUCCAUUUACUACCGUAUCAGUUCUAAUCGAAAUGUAUCCCGUUAUUUAAAAAGUGAAUGAUUGUGAAAAUAUGCUCGCAGUAACGUAAUACAUAUAUGCAAAUUAUUACCAAUGCAUGUGUAUACUUAUCAUUGUGCGAAUAAUAUAUCAACGAAUUCAAAUAAAUUGUGUUUUAAACUGUAUACUUUUUCUGUUUAUACUCAUUUAUAUUGAAAUUGUGGUGGUAUUGUAUCAAU